AUGGCAGAUGAACACAAACGCAAAGCAGAGGCACUCGUGCCAAAAUUUAAAUUCGAACGCCUGCUAAGACAAGACCAAGCUGGCCGCCGCUCCUGUCUCGUCGGCACCAUCGACGACCAACCAGCACUGCUCAUCCUCGAGCGUGCACCCUUCCCCAGCUCGCCAGAUUAUCUCGGCUCCGUCCCCGCCACGCUCCAGACGAUCCAGAACUUGGGCGCCAACGACGUCUAUCACUGGUACCUCGCCAGCAGUGGAACGAUUCCUCUACCGGCCAGCUCCAGCCAUGAGUUUGCCGACCUCAAAAUCAACCUCAUUUGGCCAUGCACGGAGAAACACAUCAAGAAGUACAGCAAGCAGGGCGUGCGCUUCGUGACCGAGACGCCGGCCAUUUAUCGGGACCAUGUGAGGCCGUUUAUUCAGGCGCAGCGCGAGGCGGGCCGGUUGAACUGGGCGUUUAACAUUAUCGAGGGCUUGAAAGAGGCUGAGGACGUUAUCUACCGGACCCCUUACGGACAGGAUCCCGAGGAAGGGUUUUUGCUGCUGCCGGACUUGAACUGGGACCGCAAAACCGUUGAUGCGCUGCACUUACUGGGGUUAGUAGAGCGAAGGGAUCUAUGGAGCUUGCGCGACCUGCGCAAGAAGCACAUUCCCUGGCUGCGACAUAUGAAAACCAAGUUCCUGGACGCAACGACGCAAGUGUACCCGAGCAUCGAGGCGGACCAGCUCAAGCUGUAUGUGCACUACCAGCCAACGUAUUACCAUCUCCACAUCCACAUUGUGCACGUGGAGCUGGAGGCUGGGGCAACGCAGGCGACGGGGAAAGCGGUUGGUCUCGAGAGCAUCAUUGCGCAGCUCGAGGUUAUGGAGGGGGAUGACGAGGCCGGUAUGGACGCGGUUACGUUAUGCUACACACUAGGCGAGGCUAGCGAUUUGUGGGUCGAUGUGUUUGAACCGCUUAAGCGGACUGGUAGUACAACUUGUUGA